CUUAAUCCUAAAAAAACAAAACAAAAAAAAAAAAGUCUGCAUCAUGCAAUAAAUGAUGACCUGCACUGCAUGCAGAUGAUCCCAAGCAGGCAUUAUAAAACAUCACAUUAUGUAGCAACAAAUUAUUCAACAACACCAAAAUUAUCAGAUUUCAGAUUGAAUUGAAUUGAGAUGGCAAAUGUAAUCUCCUCCAAUCCAGCCAUGCAAGAUCUCAAGAUCACAUUCCAAGAAUCCAGCCUUGUUCUUCCGUUACAACAAACCGAGAAAAGAUCUUUUUUCUUGUCCAACAUAGACCAGAUUCUUAACUACAGAAUCCCAACGGUCUCCUUCUUUUCAGCCAAUCCAGAUUAUCCACCACAACUUGUGUCCGAGAGGCUCAAAUUAGCACUCCAGAAGGUUCUUGUGCCUUACGAUUUUAUUGCUGGAAGAUUUAAGCUCAACCAAGAAACAGGCCGCCUCGAGAUCGACUGCAACUCAGCUGGUGUUGGCUUCGUAGUGGCUUCCUCUGAGUUUUCCCUUGCUGAGAUUGGUGAUUUGCUUUCUCCCAACCUCGGAUUCCAACAGCUUGCUGUCCAUACAUUAACGGAUAACCUCGCACCAAACGACCAUGCUAAUCCGCCAUUCAUUCUUCAGGUAACAUCAUUCAAAUGUGGUAGCUUUGCAAUCGGCAUGUCAGUUAAUCACAUCCUACUAGACGGCCUAAGCGCCAAAGCAUUCAGCCAGAAUCUCGCCUCCCAAGCCUUCGAGGGCGACAAGCCAUUUGCUGUCAUUCCGUUCUUUGACCGCCGCCUCAUGUCCGCCAGGUCGCCGCCGCUCGUUGCUUUCACACACCCGGAGUUUUUCAAACCGGACCUCCCCACGGGCACCAGCGGCCCUCCAGUCUUCGACUGCAAGAAAGAAGAACUAGAGUUCAAAGUCUUCAAACUAACAACAACCGACAUCAAUUUUCUCAAGGAAAAGGCGAAAAGGCCCGAAACAAGAAUCAGCAGCUUCAACGCGGCGGCAACACUAAUCUGGCAGUGCAAGGCCCUAUCCUACGGCGAAAAUCAGAAAGACGAAGAAAGAGUUUCCACUUUUCUUAACGUUGUCGACUUACGGUCAAGGCUGAGUCCUCCAUUGCCGGAACCCUACUGCGGAAACGCAAUUCUAGUUGCUUACACGUCGGAGAAAUGCCAGAAUCUUGAAAAGAUGCCGUUUUCCGAACUGGUGAAAAUGGUGGCGGAGUCGCCGGCCAGAGUCAGCGACGAGUACGCAAGAUCUGUAAUAGAUUGGCUGGAGAUUAACAGAGGGCUGCCGUGUGGAGAGUACAUGGUGAGUUCGUGGCUGAGAUUGGGGUUUGAGGAGGUGGUGUUCCCAUGGGGUAAGCCACAGCAUAGUGGGCCUGUGGUCAACCAUAGGAAAGACAUCUGUUGGAUAUUUCCAAGUAGUAACAACGAUGGAGCUAUUAAUGCGUUGGUUUCACUGCCUGCUAAGGAAAUGGAGCGAUUUGAAUCCCAUUUCUGCAACUUCUUCACCUCCACUAAUAAUUCUUCUUCUGUGUCUGCUGAGCCAACAACCACUACUAUAUCACCUGAUGAGCUCGUUGCACAAGGUUUGACGACUGCGAUUUGAUUUAUUUGUGGGCAGCGGUCACUAUGAUUUUAUCUGCGAGAGUUUUCAGCUUAAAUUAAAAAAUAAAUAAAUAAAAAAUCAUUGUUAGAAUGAUCUUUGUACAAGUUGACAUUCUAUGCUAUAAUUUGUAGUAAGUGUGCGUUUGUGGGUUGUUGAUCUGAUCAAGCUGUAUAACUGUUGGUAGUUGGAUAUGAAAAAUUGUUGGUUAUUCUCUUUUUAAG